UUGGAUCAUCGAGGAUGGAAGAAUGAGAGAGCAGAAUGAACCUUGAGAUCCAAACGACACUGAGCCGGACUGGGCUGAGAACAGAGCAGAUAUUGGCGCAGUCAGGGAACUAAUGCUUCUUUUGGUGGCUUAUGAUCACCUUGACGAUUGUUUCACAGUAGCCGAUCCUUCCUAUCCUCCCCAUCCUCCCUACUUGCAGAAACAAGGAAACAGGACCGUCUCCAUUGUGCGAUUCGGCGAUUUCGCGGUUGAGGAAAUUACUAUGCCCGCAGCAGCUGAGGAUCUAACAGACAUACGCCUUUGGGCACAAUUGCAUCAUCCUGCAUUAGAGGACACAGUAGGGAAGGACAUCAAGGAUCAGAUUGAUGUUUUUACCAUUAUGGAUGAACUCAACCGCCGGGACCUCGAGAGACCGAGAAAUGAUAUCCCUUGGCGCGAGGAGCAUCCAGGACCACCUCCAACGCUGGAAUUGUGGCAAUUUGCCCUCAGACAUUACCUGAAUCUGACAUUCAAGCCGGGGACUUUUUGGAUGCCCAGACACCGUGAUUGUGUAUGGUGGACAGAAGUGCGCAGAGGGGAGAUUUUCUUUAAUCCAAAUUGGAAUGUUGUGCAGAAGUACGAGCCUGGAGUUAUCUCCUGGGAUUACCGAAAUUAUUGAGUCUUUCAAUUGGCGUCUUUGUUGCUGGAGGGGCCCCCUACUACCUACUGCAUUCUGCGAUG